AACCUGCCGUGUUUCUUCACGAAUCCCACAUUCUGCCAUAUAACCUUGCUCUUCGUGCAGAUCCUCUCCACUCACGAUGCUCCCUACAUGUUAUGCAUGGUCCAAAGAGCACAUAAAGCGUGUGUUCGAGGCAAAGUCUGCGGCGGACUGCCUUCGUGCUCUCGAUGACACAUUCUCGCAAAAGAUUGAGCUCACGCUGAAUGGAAAACCCUUGCCACGAAGCCACCUACAAACCGCCAUCCUGGCGAUGGUGGAGAGUUCUGGAUUCCGACUGACCGUUGAGUGGCUGAAUGCGGUGGAGGUCCCACACGAUGAUUCCUAUCGGAGCGGAUCACUUGGGGGAUACUACAUCAUCCGAAAUAUCCAAAAGAUGCUGCCUGGGAGAACGUCUCCCGUGCUCUAUGAACGGCAUAAGUCGAUCAACGUCGUCAUCGAGUCGGAAUCGAGAGAUAGAAGCGUAGACAGUAGGAAAAUCGUGAAGCUGACUCUCGUGGCGACGGACCUUCCUAUGAAGUCAUCUCGCUAGUGACUGCUGGGUCUUUGGGAUUUGGGCGUAACUUAUUCAUCAUCGCAGCCUAGACGAUAUUUCUGUAUGACUACGUCGAACACCUACAUUGUACUCUAAUGCAAUAGAUGGACACCAGCGUUCUCUAACGU